ACACACACACACACACACACACACACACACACACAGAGUGCUCAGUCUGUCAGUGCUCCUCUUAUUGAUUAUUGAUCACUGAUCACCCUCUCUGUCUGUCUGUCAGUCACCUCGCUCCGCUGUUUGAUAAUCCAAAACUGGACAGAGAGCUUCGAUCGAUGCUCCGAGAGAGAUUCCCCGAAUUCUGCAGCUCGCCCUCCCCCCCGACUGAAGUCAAAAUGGAGGAGGCUGUUUCUUUGGAGUUGGACAACCACGUGUUGGACAAGGAGGACGGUUGCUAUGACAACACAGAGGCGGCCUUCAGCGAUGAUGAGGAGGAGGUCAACAACAAAGGAAAGAAGAGGGAGUUCAGGUUCCAUCCAAUCAAAGAGGCCGUGGUGGAGGAGCCCGCUGACAUCACACCCUGGCUCGACCAAUUAGACGACACCAUGAAGGAGAAAGUCCAGCAGCUGCAGAAGACAAGUGACACAGAGACUCAGUGUGAAGUGAUGCAGGAAAUUGUGGAUCUGAUUCUGGAGGAGGACUUUGACACGGAGCAGAUGUCCGCUCUAGCCUCCUGUCUGGCUGAACUGUUCAAAGAUCACUUCCGAGGAGACGUCCUGCCGGAGGAAAUCACUGAGGAGUAAGACUGAUCAAUCAAU